AUGGCGGCAGGCAUUAGCAACAAGGAAACGGAAACUCACAAAGAACACGGAAAAGAAAAGCAUAGCUCAGCAUUUGUGUCAGAAGGCCUUGCGAGAGACCACUACAAACCCAUCACGACAUAUGAGGGCAUUCAUCGAUAUGAUCCAGAUUUUGAAUGGGAGCCCGCAGAGGAAAAGCGCAUCGUACGAAAGAUCGACAUACGCAUCUGCUCCUGGGUCUGCCUCAUGUUUUUCGCCCUCCAGCUCGACCGCGGCAACAUAUCGCAAGCCCUCAGCGAUAACAUGCUCGGCGACCUAGGCCUCAACACCAACGACUACAACUACGGUCAAACGAUUUUCUACCUCUGCUUUUUAUUCGCUGAAUUGCCGUCGCAACUCAUUAGCAAGAAACUUGGGCCCGAUAAUUGGAUCCCGAUUCAGAUUAUACUGUGGAGUUUGGUGGGGAGCCUGCAGGCGUUUCUGAGUGGGAAGAAAUCAUUUUAUGCGUGUAGAGGAAUUCUUGGAGCGAUAGAAGGUGGCUUCAUCCCCGACAGUAUUCUCUAUAUGAGUUACUUUUACACGGGGCUCGAAUUACCGGGUCGCAUGAGCGUGUACAGCGCAGUCCCCUUUGCGACGAACAUCCUCGCUGCGUUUCUCGCAUUCGGCAUUUUGCGUCUAAGAGGCUACAACGGGAUGGAAGGGUGGCGAUACCUCUUCGCUAUCGAAGGCCUCAUCACGGGUUGCAUCGGUAUAGCGUCGUGGUUCUAUCUUCCUGCGAGUCCGACGCAGACGGCGACGAAGUUCUGGAACCCGUUUCGCGGAAAGGAGGGCUGGUUUAGUGAGAGUGAGGAGAAGAUUAUGGUGAAUAGGAUUUUGAGGGAUGAUCCGAGUAAGGGGGAUAUGCACAAUCGUCAGGGAUUGAGCAUAGUGAUGUUGUGGGAGUGCAUGAAGGAUUACCAUAUGUUGCCUAUCUAUUUGAUUGGCAUGUCGUGGUUUAUUCCAAGUCAGCCUUCGAAUGCGUAUAUUACGCUUCAGCUUCGGUCGCUGGGGUUUAACACUUUUGAGACGAAUCUGCUGACGAUCCCAGCAUUCGUUAUUAUAAUCAUCCAGAUGAUUUUCUGGACAUGGGUGUCUGAACGCACCAACCAGCGUUUCCUUGUCGCUCUCGUGUCGCAAGUCUGGUGCUUGCCGCUUCUCAUCGCUCUUGAGGUCUUGCCAGCAGAUGCAUCGCAUUGGUCGCGUUGGGCCCUAUGUACCCUGCUUGUUGGGAUCCCUUUCAUUCACCCUAUCUUCAUGGCUAUCACAUCGCGCAACGCCGGCACAGUGCGCACACGAACGGUCGCUUCGGCGCUGUACAAUAUGACGUUCCAAGCCAGCACAAUCGUGUCACAGAACGUAUACCGCCAGGAUGAUAAACCAUUGUAUCGCAGGGGAAAUAAGAUUCUGAUUGCGAUUUGUGUUUAUAAUUUGGUGCUAUUUGUGGCGGCGAAACAGUAUUAUGUUGUUGUCAAUAGGAGAAGAGCUCGCGUGUGGGAUGGUAUGACAAAGGAAGAGAAGGAGACGUAUUUGCAAACUACAACGGAUAAAGGGAACAGGAGGUUGGAGUUCCGAUUUGCGCAUUGA